AUACAUCGAACUUGUGACGUUUAAGAACCAGAUCUUACGAUACUGUCCGCGCCAAACGAAUGAGCUGUCCUCGUCGGAACCAUUUUGUGUGUUAACUUUGAUUCCCUAUUCUUCCGUUCGUUCGGUCUCGAUCGUGGUAAAAGAAGAGACAUUUUUUAAAAAUGAUACCAAAUUGUAUCAGAAACAUAGGCGCGCAAACGUCAAAACGAAACUUCGGGAGCUGGAAUGAGGUGGUGUCUUAUUUCUUUAACAAGAAAAAUAAUUAUGCCACGGAAGCUACGUAUGAAAUCAAACCUUUCCGGUUACACAAAUUGGAUAGCGGGCCAUCCAAUCGUGUUAAUGUUACUAGGGAUGAAGCUUUAGAUCUUUAUAAAAACUUACACACGAUCCGUCGUAUGGAAACAGCAGCUGGAAACCUCUACAAGGAAAAGAUUGUCAGAGGUUUUUGCCAUUUAUAUUCUGGCCAAGAAGCAUGCGCGGUUGGUAUAAAAGCAGCUCUUAGGCCACAAGAUUCUGUAAUCACUGCCUAUCGGGCUCACGGUUGGACUUAUUUAAUGGGCAUAGAACCGAUUGGUGUUUUAUCAGAAUUAACUGGUAGAAAAGGAGGUAAUGCAAAGGGUAAAGGUGGUUCCAUGCACAUGUAUGCUAAAAACUUCUAUGGUGGAAAUGGGAUUGUUGGUGCUCAAGUACCGUUAGGAGUUGGAAUUGCCCUUGCUCAAAAAUACAUGAACACCGGAGGUGUAUGCUUUGCUCUGUACGGAGAUGGUGCAGCUAAUCAAGGACAAUUAUUUGAAGUGUAUAAUAUGGCAAAGUUAUGGGACGUUCCUUGUAUCUUUGUCUGCGAAAACAAUGGAUACGGUAUGGGUACCAGCGUGGAACGUUCUUCCGCUAGUACAGAAUAUUACACAAGAGGAGACUAUGUCCCUGGAAUUUGGGUGGAUGGUAUGGAUGUACUGGCAGUUAGGGAAGCUACGAGAUUUGCUAUAGACUAUUGCACAUCUGGUAAAGGUCCGCUUGUUAUGGAAACUGAAACGUAUAGAUACAGUGGUCACAGUAUGUCAGAUCCUGGAACCAGUUACCGUACAAGAGAAGAGAUACAAGAAGUGAGGCAGACUCGAGAUCCUAUCACUGGUUUCAAAGAACGAAUCCUGAAUUCUAAUCUUGUCACGCAAGAAGAAAUGAAAGCAUUAGAGAACAAAAUAAGAAAAAUGGUAGAUGAUGCUGUGAAAGCUGCAAAGGCGGACAGUGAAAUUCCACUAAACGAACUUACCGCUGACAUUUAUGCUAAUAAUUUAGAAAAAGAAAUUCGUAAUAUAACGCCAUUCAAACCUCUGUCGCACACGAGGUUAGGCCCAGCUAUUAAUGCUUAAACAAAUUUCACGAAAAGAGAACUCCAAACGAAUUAAAACAUGUCAAUCUCGUAUAUGAUAAUGAUACCUAUCCCUGGUAAAGCUCAUAGUUUGUACAGAAGACCUAGGGGAUAUUCUCCUGAAUUUAGGUAAAGAAUAACAAAUUCUUGGAUAACGGUUGCGUUUACCACUUACGGUUCAGUUGUAUGUAUACAUAGUAUAUAUUUAUUUAAUUUAUAGAUAAAUAGUACUGUAAGUGAUCAAUUCAGUGUCUUAGACCGAUUAAUAAAUAAUCCACUGCCAACGUAUAGCCGGUGAUCUUUCAUGUAAAUAAUACACUUGCAAUUGUGGAUCAAAACAGUAAAUGUAUAAAGUCAUUUAGAAAGGCAAUACACGUAUGUACGUUAUGGGUUUUCUUAUUUUCGUUACAAAUUACACCAUCGUUGCUCGUUAUUUUGUGUUAACAAAUGAAUCUGAAAUGAACUACUGUAAAGUACUUGUAA